UGUUGCGUUCGAUGUUCUCUUGGAUCGACCCAGCAUGCCUGAUUGUUGACAGCUCCGUACACCACAAUGGCCGAAAUCCAGGAUACACAACCUCCUCGGGUUGAUAUUUCCAAAAGCAGCAGCAAUGUGCCAGCCGACGGAUAUGAUAAGAAAUGUAUUUUCUGCAGGAUUGUAAACAAUGAAAUGGGCACAGAGCUUCUUCACUGUGAUGAAGAGAUCUCAUGUUUCAGAGACAUCAAACCUGGAGCCCCCCAUCACUACCUUGUUGUCCCAACCAAACAUGUAGGAAACUGUAAAUCCCUCACUAAAGAGCACGUGCCAUUGGUGAAGCGGAUGGUCGACAAAGGGAAGGAGAUCCUGGAAAAAAACAACAUAACGGACCUCAGUGAUGUCAGAUUUGGUUUCCACUGGCCUCCAUUCUGUUCUGUCACACACCUCCACCUUCACGUCUUGGCACCUGCCAGUCAAAUGGGCUUUAUGUCGCGUCUCUUCUACAGACUCAACUCCUACUGGUUCAUCACAGCAGACCAGCUGAUUGAGCUUCUCAACUCUAAAGGAGAGACAAACUGAUCACUUGGAUCUUGCCAUACAUGACUGACUGCACUGAGGUGACUUGCAGAUCAGGCGUCUUGCAGAUGUCAUAUUGGAAACUACUUUGCUGACUGUUUGGCAACAGCUAAUGACAGUAUUUUAAACAGGUGAUAUACCUGCGUGAGAUUUUGUAUCCUAAGUAGUAUGAGACUUAAAGCCUUAAAGCCUCUUUUAAAAUGCAUCACAAGUGCUGUAAGGAACACUGGAGUUUUGACAAGAUAGGUAAAUUUAUUUAAAUCUGCUCUAAUAAAAUUGUAUUGCUUUUAGGGACCAAUGAGCAAUCAACUUUGAAUUCCUAUAAAAUAGAACAGUGUGUUCAUUAUCAUCCUGUUACAGAAACACUUCAGUACUCUUUGCUUCCUACUUCCUUCUUAGAUUACUGUGUAGUGAGCUCAGUUAGACAAACACACUUGGGACACUACUUGUUUUUGCACUAUUUAAAGGUACUAGAGAUUGUUGGCUAAAUAUAAAUACUGACAUGAAUGUUUGUGAUAAGACCAUAUUAUACCAAGCAUAUUUCAGCAAAUUAAUGUAAUGUCUUUCUCUCUUUCUUUUAAACUGACUGUAAUUUUCCCGUUGACACAGUGCAACAUAUUAUACAACGUGGGUAAUGGCCAGUGGUAGUGUGCUACUUUCUGUGAGGCAUUAUGGGCUUCUUAGAGUGCCCUAUACACACUGACACAGAGAGAGCACAGAGAUACAGAGUAAAACCCACUGUAUAGUGAGUGUUCUGGGAUUUCAGAUGUCUCACAGGCCGUUUGAUUUCCUGUCUUGCACAACUGCUUUCAUGCCUUGUAUGUCUGCUCUAUAACAUGAAACUGCAGAAACUCAGUUAUAUUGUAAAUUUUUCAAGAAAAAAAACAAAAAACGAAAGUUUGCAUUAUUGAUAUUAAUCAUAUAUAAACUGAUAAUCUUGGCUAUGGGUUCUUGCAUCAAGCUUGCUAUAUGUGAAAGCCACUCAGUAAUCCUCUGACGCUGAUAGUAAUGUUAAUUUAUUUUGUUCUUCAUGACCUCAUCGACCAGUGAAGUACAAUGGGGGGGGGUGUUCGAUGUCAUGUGGACAGAUGAAUGAAAGUAUGUGCUGUGAAAUGAUGCUAUACUUUACAAUGGUAAUUGGAAUAAAACCAACAACAACAAAAUGUACUGUACAAAAGGUAUGCACUUUAAGAAUGGCUUUAAUUUAGAAUAAACAGUAUUCUGUUGCUUCUCA